CUCUCUGCAAGACUGAUAGACUCACUGACACAGAGGGAGACGCACGUUCAGACAGCACAGAUAUAAAUUAAAGGAACCUAUCCCUGUGGACUUGGAGUGGAGACAUGACCAAAGAGACUGAGACUCUGGGACUCAUCUUUCAGAGCGAGAACUUCAACUAUAACCAUUACAAUAACCACAUCAUGGACUCCUGGUCCUACCUGGAGAGCCCUGUCCCUGAGCAAACCCCCUCCAAACCCAGACUGCACCCAGGAGACGACCUGGCAGCCCUAACCAUGCUUUAUGAACAGUGCAAGAGCCAGAAAGAGCAGAAGAAUGUCAGCUACAACCGUGCAGGGAACAUCUGUAAAACAGACAGGACAUCAAGUGGCAAUGACUUUGUUUCAUUGGAGGCAUCCGCUAACGUUAUGAAGAUCCUCUCUGAGAGUGUUCCCUCCAGCCAUCCUCAAGAGGUUUUGGGAUCCAAGCUGAACCCAUCCUUGCCCAUUCCCACCACCUCAGACUCCUACGCCACCCUGACCAGCGUCGUAGCGGACACUUACGACAAGCAGGAGCUCAACAUUAUCUUUGACUCCUUGCUGCAGAAGUGGCCAGAGAAUGGAGCUUUCCCAGACCCAAGCACUGAGACUCUUCCCUACAGUGAUCCCUUCCCUGAGGAUCACUCCAGCCCAGUGUACUCUGGCUCUUACACCGACUCCCCACCUGAGAGAUUCAGGAACGAGUUCCAGUUCUCUCUAGGUGCUCCCCCUGCUACUCCUUACAAGUCCAGUGAGCUGCCAAUGGUGUAUCUGAACAAGGGCCAGUUCUACCCCAUCACUCUGCAGGGAGUGGACAGCAGUGCCAGCCUCAAUGCCACCAAAGUCAAGACGGUGGUGAUGGCUGUGUUCGAGAAUGACAAGAGUCCAGAAAUGCAGCUCCGCUUUUGGAAUCACUGGCAUGCACGCCAGCCAACUGCCAAGCAGAGGGUCAUUGACAUCGCUGACUACAAAGAAGUGUACAACGGCAUCAGUAACAUAGAAGAGGUGGCCUUCAACGCUCUCUCCUUUGUUUGGAACCCCAAUGAGGAGGCCAAGGUUUACAUUGGCAUCAACUCCCUGAGCACAGACUUCUCCUCUCAGAAGGGAGUGAAAGGCCUCCCUCUCAACAUCCAGAUUGACACAUACGACUUCAGCUCAGGGACAAACCAGCUCAUACACAGAGCUGCUCUCCAGGUCAAGAUUUUCUGUGAUAAGGGUGCAGAGAGGAAGAUGCGUGAUGAGGAGAGAAAGAGAUCCAAAAGGAGGGGAAAGAAUGAUGCUAACACCAACAAGUCUCUAGUGAGCAGCUCCAUGAGCAACGACUGCACCUUCUUUAAAACCAUGGACGACCACGUCACUCAGCCAGUCCUCUUCAUCCCAGAAACACACCUCUCCAGCAUACAGCGCAUGCCUGCUCAAAUGGAAGACGCUGAAAGGUCAAUGAAGAGAUUGUACCAAAAUAGAGACCAGACCAGCUCUCCACCUAGCAAGCAAGCACGCAGAGACGACCCACAAAGAGUUAUGCUUUACGUGAGAUCAGGCGCUGAAGAGGUGUUUGACGCCCUCAUGCUCAACACGGCAACGCUGUCGGGCCUAAGAGAAGCUGUUUCAGAAAAGUACGGUAUGCAAAAAGACACCAUUGGGAAAAUCUACAAAAAAUGCAAGAGAGGGAUUUACGUCAACAUGGACGACAACAUCAUUGAACACUACACCAACCAGUCGGCCUUCCUCAUAGAGAUAUCCGAGGUCGCCACCGGUCAGUUCCAGGUCACCCUCGUUGAAGUAUGAAAACGAGCAUCCAAUCAGCUGCCUGAGCCACUGAAGGAUGAAAGAAAAGAAAUCACAGCUGCCAGUUUAAAUCAUCUCUUAAAGCACGGCCCAGUAAAAGACAAUGUGAGCUGUGACCGCCAAAACCAGUAAGAGAACUGGACUGAAGAGACCUCUCCAGUUUCAAGCUCAACCUCGAAGCCUUUCCCCGAUUGUGUAUAAACCAUUUACCCCAGUUCUUAUGACGUUUUUAUUUGAAUUUAAUAUUCUAACGUAAGAGCAAUUAUCAUGAACAGCUUGUAUAUAUAAUGUAAAUAGAUUUUAAUAUGACAGUGUUUAAUGAACAAGCCAUGUGCAUGUCGCGAUAUAUUAUUUCUGCGUAUUAUGUAUUUCAAUUUUUUACAGAGCUCUACACAUGACCUGUGUUUGGAGUGUUUUCAGCAUUUUUUAAGAGGUUGCUAUUCUUGCUGCUUUCAAUGUACUCAUCAUUUCUUCUACAAAACUCACCCAUACCAACUCAUUAUGUUUUUUUCACUGCCACAAGUGUGUUCCUGUAGGUUCCUAUUAGUUUCACAACUAAUGUCGCCCCAUGCUGGGUUUAAUUCAGAACCAAAGUCAGACAUUUCCAUCCAACAAACCACACAAGAGUUAGUAUUGGCCUUCAUUUAGCCCAAACUGUGGACAUUUCCUGCCUGUAUAGUGUAACCACAGACCUGACCCCCUCCCCUCCUAAACCCUGCCAGAGGACUUCUAUGGUAUGCAUGUGUAUGUGUGUUAAAAGGUUGCAGGGUUUCCCCCCCCCCCUAUACUCAUCAUUUCAAAACAAACAUGUAUCCCUGUUAUAUUUCAUUAUUGUACCACAGCAACUCUAGUUGUAUUAGCAUACCUUGCCUCUUUUGUAAGAAAAUAAAGAAAAUGCAUGAAAAAUUA